GCAACUCAAAUAAGAACGACCAAUUUGCCACUCUCCUCCAAAACAUGUGCCCGAAGCUCUGGGCCGUGUACAAACGCAAACCCUCGCCAAGACCACUCUGGGCUGGAAAGCAAAGUCGGAACGAAAAUGUAGAGUGAAAUUCCCGAAGCUGCCAGAGAACGGAGCGAGCGCAUAUGAACCCGAACACAUCAAUCCCGCAUGGUAGGGCGAAGAUCGUCCAAUCUGUAUACUUGAGAAAGAACUUGGAGACGCGGCAGAACGGCACAAAUGGAGAAGGACAGCAGUCCUCCGAGACGUCUAUACAGCAUCUUAAUUCCCACCUACAAUGAACGUCUAAACAUCGCGCUUCUGUGCUAUCUACUCUUCAAAACUUUGAACGACUUAGACGUGGAUUUUGAAGUGAUUAUCGUAGAUGAUGCAAGUCCUGAUGGGACGCAGGAUGUGAUAAAACAGCUUCAACAAAUAUACGGAGACCAUAAAAUUCUUCUAAGGCCGAGGGCAGCUAAGUUGGGUCUAGGAACCGCUUAUGUACAUGGAUUACAACAUGCUGCGGGUGAUUAUAUCUUCAUCAUGGAUGCGGAUCUUUCUCACCACCCCAAGUAUAUACCAAGCUUCAUCAGGAAGCAGCUGGACACAAAUGCAGACAUCGUCACUGGGACUCGUUACUUGAAAGGGGGUGGGGUGCACGGCUGGGAUCUGCGCCGUAAAUUAACUAGUCGCGGAGCAAAUGUGCUGGCUCACACUCUACUAUGGCCACAUGUUUCUGAUCUGACGGGUUCUUUCAGACUCUACAGAAAGCCUGUUCUUGAGGAACUUGUCAAAUCCUGUGUCAGCAAAGGCUACGUUUUCCAGAUGGAAAUGAUCGUGCGUGCAACACGCAAAGGCUAUUAUAUCGCUGAGGUUCCUAUUUCAUUUGUCGAUAGGGUAUACGGAACGUCAAAACUUGGUGGCGCAGAGAUUGUUCAGUAUCUCAAAGGACUCUUUUUGUUGUUUUUCACAACCUAAGAAAGGAUGUCCUCGAGACUCCAGAAGGGUUUUCUUCAUUCUUUGAGAGCAAGCUAAGGUUGUUAAUCAAACCAUGUUGUCCACAUCAAAAUUCUGAUGGGUUAAAUAUCACAACCCAAGAAAUGGCCCAGUUGCGAGGGCAGGAAAAGUAAGACAUAGGGAAAAGUAAAAUAUAGCAAGGAUGGUCUAAAACAAAUUUUCAGAACUUCAGGUUACUCCUCUGCACUUACUUCUGUGUUGAACUGAUGCCCUAGCCAUGUGGACCAUGUACAUUUGGAGCCUUUUGAUAAACAUAGCACGACGAAAUUUUCCGUUUCAAGCAGUCUAAUGGACGAAGGUAGGACAUCAGCCUAGCACAUCACUCAAAUAGCCAGGACAUGGUUUCUGAAGAAGUGGUGAGACAGAGCCUGGGACUACCACCGUCAACAAGCGUGUGAUAUCCCUUGUAAAUUAAAAAAAAGGAGAAGGAAUGGUCACUAGGGGAAUGAACCUCACUUGAAUUCCAUUCCUUUUUCUAGGUCUUUGAUUCUCAGCCUUUACCAGAGUUACCGCUGCAUUAGCAACCAUGUCAUGCUUGCAGUCGUGUGUCACAUUUUUUCAAGUAUAACACAGAAACACAUUUAACCAAACCUGGUUAGAUUCAUUUCCGUACACUGAGUUGAGUUGAUGUGCAUCUCCAGCCGGAAAGCACACCACGGCAGUGGUCAUCUUGGGUGAGAAUUUACUCGUUUGGGGGAUGACGAAUCGUUUCAUUGUACCCAACUGAAUUAUCGCAUUUGAGAGGAUGAUCAGUGUCCUAUUUGCAAAAGGUGGGAAAUAUCCGCCAUCAUUCCUCUGAUGGUCACUUGUACAGUGUACGAACUAUCACUGUUCUUGAAUUCUUGAAAUGGG